AUGUCCUCUCUGGAGUCGCUUCCUUUAUACUUACUAAGCUACAAUCUUAAUAGACAAAGGCUUAAUGGGGAUCUAUUAAUUCCAAAAAUUGCUGAAUCACUUCCGGAUGAAUUAGCAUUGUUGUAUAUCUUUGGUGUUGAAGAGCUCUGUUCAGUCUUAGAGGCUAGCUUUGAAGAAAAAGUUAAUAAUUACUUACUUGCAUUAACAUCAUUAUUAAUCGAGGCUUUGUACAAGAAGUAUGGAUUAAAAGAUGUCAAAUUCCAAACCUUAUCUGUAUGUCAUUUAGGUGCAAUCGGCAUGAUUGCGAUUACCCCUUACCCACUGAAAUUUGACAAGAUUAGGACUGCCAGCUGUAGCUGUGGGUAUUUCUACUCAUCUUUGAAAGGUGGUGUUGGUUUAAGGCUCACUUAUCACUUAAAUGGCAAGGACAACAGAAUGGGAAAGAAGGUAGAUCUUUCAUUUGUUAACGUCCAUUUGCCUGCUGGGGAAGGCGAAUAUUACUACAAAAGUAGGAUACAGUCUCUUACUGACUUAGCUAGGUCCUUGGACUUUGGUGAUGGCUACAGCUUGUUGAAACCUAAUUCUCAUACUUUUAUAAUGGGUGACUUGAACUAUCGCACAGCUGAGAAGUAUAGACACUCUUCUGAGGAAUCCAGACGUUUACUUUCACUACAAGAUCCAUCUCAGAGCUCGGCAAGCUUGAUUCGAGGCUUGGUGAAUGAAUAUGAUGAAUUGAACAUUGGAAAGAAAAAUAUGGACUUACUAAAUGAAUUUGAAGAAGCUCCCAUAAACUUUCAGCCUACCUAUAAAUAUCAUGUUAACACUGCCAUUUAUAAUUCAAAAAGGUCUCCAUCUUGGUGCGACCGAAUUCUUUUUCAAUCUACUUAUGGAUCAGAUGAUGUCACAUUAUUAAAAAAGAAGAAAAACAACGCCGAUUUAAAGACCCCUUUAAUACACCGGUAUGAUAGCAUCAAGACCUUGCUCUUGUCAGAUCAUCAACCUGUAUUUCUCUCUAUUACAGUUCCAUUUGACCCUCCAAGGUCUAUCAUUUCACCCAGCGGUUUCUUACAAGUCACUCCGAAACAGAAGAUAAUAACUGGUGACAGUGAUCAAGAGGACCUUACAGAGCAGUUAAUUGAAAUUUCGGAGCCCUUUGGAGGUCCCACUGACGUUUACAUGAAAAUAACAAAUCUUGAUAGGCUCAUUCAAUCAAUUAUUCGUCCUCUAAGUGACUCCAUCAUUGCAAAUGCCUUAUGGUUUUCAACAACUCCUACUGGAAGACUAACAACAUUAGGUUUGCUUCUAACUAGUUGGGCACUCUUUUAUUUACUUACUUAG